GAGGAGAUCGGCCGCGGCUCCUACGGCAUCGUGCGGGCGGCCGUCCACCGCUCCACGGGCAGGCGGUGCGCGAUCAAGUCGAUCCCCAAGAGCAAGGUGGGGCAGCACUACUUCGACUACAACUCGCUGCCCAACUGGCGCUCCCUCCGGUACAACGUCCAGGGCGAGGAGCACCACCCGAACUUGGUCCGUUGCGUAGACGGCCUCAUUGCCCCCACCAUGAGGUACUGCGUGAUGGAGCACCUUUGCGGAGAGGGGUCUGGGCCUUCCUCUGAGGACGGCGCCGAUCACCCAGUCGUUCUGCCGGGACGUGAUGAGGCAGACGCUCUCCGCGCUCGAGCACCUGCACACGUGCGGCGUGGUGCACCGGGACGUGAAGGUG